AUGAGGGAACAUAAAAGCGCUCGACUUGAUUCUCGCCAUUUCUCGACAUUAGGGGGACGACCGGUGCGGAAAAGGGCAUGGCAGGGUUUGAGUGCAAUAGACGUGUUUUCAUCAUCUGGCAAGGAGGUUAAGAGACCCAAAGCUUCGACCAGUCGCAUCUCGACCCCGAGGAACGUGGCCAAGAAUGAUGGAAAGAAUUUGCAAUCAGGAGGAAGAGCCAAGAAAGAAAUGAAUUUCGACGAUUUUCGAGAUUUCGCCGACACGCCAAAUUUGGAC